GAGGGAAGUCUCCCCCCACCCUUUCUUUGGCCUAAGUCUGUGUUGAUUUCAGCCGGUAGGCACUUGAUAUGAACAGAUUAGUUGGGAGGGGCUUGAAUGCUGUGUAUGGAUGCAGGGGGGUGGAGGUACACAGGAGAAAAAGGAUAUUUAAGAUGCGGAGACAGAGACUUCCAGAGUGCACAGACUCCUACGGGGAAGGGCUGCAGAAGUUCCUUUAAACUCCACCUCCACUGAGAGAGGGGGGAGAGAAACAGAGUUUGGGCACCCGUGUGCUGUAGCACUUUCAGAAGAGUUUCAUAGGUGCCCCACUGUGCUCACGGCAUCUGCAAUUAACUCACUCAGAGAAGUCAGGAGUUCUCACUGCAGAGAGAGAAAAUGCCAGUGAAAGUCACUAUGCAACUGGCAUGGCUCUGUGUUUUCACCUUGUCCUUGGCCAUCUAUCCGGCAUUGCUACAGAAGCCUUCCAAGAGGAGAACGGUCAAUGGGAACACCCAGCUCAAAAUGACGGGCUGCUGUGACGAGAUAAGAGAGCUCAAGCUGCAGAUAGCCAACGUGAGCGCCAUGCUGGGGGAGCUGAGCAAGAAGCAGGAAGUUGGGUAUAUGAUUGUGGACAUGCAGGUGAUGGAGCUGAAAGGGAGCACCCAGCAGAUGGAGUCCCGGCUCAUCGAUGUCGAGAGCAAAUACUCUGAAAUUAACAGCCAGAUAGACAACAUGCAGCUGCAGGCAGCCCAGACCGUCACACAAACCUCAGCUGUAGAUGCUGUCUAUGACUGCUCAUCCCUUUACCAGAAGAAUUACAGAAUCUCCGGUGUUUACAAGCUGCCUCCUGAUGAAUUCUUGGGGAGCCCUGAAAUAGAGGUGUACUGCGACAUGGAAACAGAGGGCGGUGGCUGGACCAUCAUCCAGAGACGUAAAGUUGGCCUGAUCUCUUUCAACAGAGAUUGGAAACAAUAUAAGGAAGGAUUCGGCAACAUCCGGGGAGAUUUCUGGCUAGGGAAUGAAAAUGUCUACCGGCUCUCCAGACGCCCAACCAUGCUGCGAGUAGAGCUGGAGGACUGGGAAGGCAACACUCGCUAUGCACAAUAUGACCAGUUCACCCUAAGCAACGAGUUGAACAGUUACCGCCUUUUUCUGGGGAACUACACUGGCAACACAGGGCGCGACUCCCUAAGGUACCACAACAACACAGCCUUCAGCACCAAGGACAAGGACAACGACAAGUGUGUGGAUCACUGUGCUGAGCUCCGUAAAGGUGGAUACUGGUACAACUGUUGCACAGACUCCAACCUGAAUGGGGUUUACUAUCGCAAAGGAGAACACACCAAAAACAUGGAUGGAAUCACUUGGUAUGGCUGGCAUGGCUCAACCUACUCCCUGAAAAGAGUUGAGAUGAAGAUCCGGCCAGAGGAUUUCAAACCCUAGGGGGAACCAACACACAAUUGUAAAGCUAAGGUGACAAUGCUGCUCUGAGGGGAAAGAGCCUGGAAUCUCAAAACCAGCCAUUGAAAUGGUUUACUUCAUCUAGAAGUUGUGCAAAUGCAAAGGCUAUAUAUACACUGACUAUGCAUCACACAUUAGUUCUGAGGCAAACACGGGAGAGGGGAAAGGCACCAUUACUAUGGCUCAGCCCAGUUCUCUUUUCUUAAAGAACUCCCUCCUGCCCCCUAUCCUCUAAACAGGAUACAGAAUGGCCACAUCCCGCAGUAGCAGCAUCUUCAGGAAGGAUAUGUUGUGGUUACACUAGUACUGGGACUUACAGGGUUGCCCCUAUUGUUUGACCGGUUAGAGUUUAAGAAACACGUGGCUUUUCCCCUCAGUUUUCCCCUCUCGAUAGUGUUUAGAUUAAUUGAGGUUAGAUACGAAUUUUGCCAAGCAAGACCAAGAAACAAAGCAAUGGGCUUUUAUUUCAAACCCUUCAGUCAUCUUCUUGGAAAUAUUCACAAUGAGACAGACAUUCAUUCAGUGCAUGUUAUUUGACCUAUGCUCCUCAUAUAGGAAAAGCUAGGUUGCUUUAGGUAAUUGCAUGUUGCACUUGCUCUUUCCUGGAGUCUCAUUACCUUCUGGCCACUAGUCACAGGAAAACUAUGCAAGACUUUACUUCCAGGGAGAGUCCCAUCUGCUGUAGGCUAUGUGGAGGAGGGAGAUCUACACUAGAAAACACACGAGGGACUAGAAUGCAGGUCUUUGAGCUGCAAUGAAUUGAUUUUCACCUUUACCAGUGUUCUUCUUGGAACACUGGAGGACCAUUUUAUGCCACCUCAUCACAGUAUCAGCAAGACAAGGAGUAUACAGGGAGUAAACAUAGCAAGAAGCCUUUUAACAUUGACACUGUAUUCCAUAAAACAAGAGAGGAAGAGUCCUUUAAUGUUUAAUUGGAAAAAAAAAAGAUGUGUUAAUAGAAGGUGCUAGUAAACAAGGGAUCAAAUAAUAUAGAGAUUGUGUGUGGCUCUAAAACAGUAAAGGAUCCUGGAUACUACUACUUAUUUACUAAAAGAAGCAACCUUGAGUGAUUUGUGUUGUGUCUGGAACCCAAGCUGUAUUUAAAGCUUUACUCCAUCAAAUCUCUAUUUUAUGAUUCUUGAUCCUUAACUUCCAGCUGCUUUUAACUUUCUGUUUUUACUUAAAGAGAAUCCAGAUGUGGGAAAUAUUUAACACUCUGCUUUAUGGUUUACAAGUAUAGGAUUAUCCACUCCCUCUAGAUCAGACCUCUGGUCCAUGAAGUUAGCUCUAAUGCCAGCAGCUGUGACCAGUAUUCGAUACUUUAAGAGAGAGGCAAAACACACCAGAGAAGGCCUCUUGUAAAUUUUGCAGUGCUGCCCAUAUGUCAGGAUGGGGUAGUGUCAGGAUGGGGUAGAAGAAAAGGAGCACUUUAUUCAUUAUAUUAUUGAAAGUUCAAAGCAAUGUGUAUGGGAGCAGAGCUCUAAUGCAAGCCAGAGAAUCCUCAAGUGCUAGAAAAAAUUAGAAAGGUACAAAAACCUUCACUUGCUGGUGGGAUGCCAUACCCAAGAAUGUCAAGGUUUUGGGGAGGGGGAGUAUUUUUUGUAAGUACUGCCUAGAUUUCAUGCCGAAACCCAGUGCAUUCCAUUUCCUCAUGUAAGAGUGCCUUGAAAAGGAUUGUUAACAAAGGACUCCUCCUGCAGCCACACUGUUGCUUGAAUAUUUUGAAAGAAGAUGGCUAUAGUUAAUAUAUCUAUUUUUAUUCACUUAGAGCUUGAGCCUAAUUUAAAAUGUUCUAUCUUAUGCAGAAGGAGAGAUAAAGAUUUCCUGGGAGAUGCCUUAUAUAUGUUGACUAUUCAUACUGGAAACUGGAACAGUGUUUAAUACAAAUCUGCAGUCUGUGCAAUGUUUUUUUUUUUAAUUCCAAACUUUUCCAUUUCUGUAAUAAAACUCUCUUGUUUUUAAACCUGUUUUCUUCAAGUCUUGUUCCUUAACUUUUUGUUUGAUACAAAUAUUCACAGAGACCGAGAGAUUAAGGUCAGGAAAGGAGAAUACACCAAGUUCUGAAGCAUCCUAGGGGAUGCAUGAGAGGAAAAGGGAUGAAAGCAUACUGUAGAGAGGGCAAAA